AUGAUGACAACAGCUGUGAAACGUGCUUUGAUAAUUGGUAAUGACUCUUAUGAAGGAAAAAAACGACUGGAAUCGUGCAUUAACGAUGCUAAAGACAUGAGCGAAGCUUUAAAUUUGAUUGGAUUUCACGUAAAAAUGAAAACAGAUCUUCCAUAUAUGGGUAUGGAUAUUGUUACGAACCGAUUCAUCAAGUCCAUUCGACCAGGCGAUCUUGCUUUAUUCUACUUUUCUGGUCAUGGCAGUCAAUUUGAAGGUAAAAACUAUUUAAAACCAAUAGAAGAUGUUCAACAGUCUGAAGAUGAACAUAUUCUUGGUAUUGAUGCCCAGAAACUGAUCAUGGAUAUGCAUCAGCGACGUCCAAGAUUGGUCAUAUUUAUUCUUGAUUGUUGUCGAAAUGUUCUCCUACAACCACCGGCAAGAAUGAAGCAUUUCUUUAGCGUCAAGUCGGCGAGGAUGAAGGAUGGUCUCACAGCAAUGCAGGCACCACCAGCGACAAUAAUUGCUUAUCCAUGCGCAGUCGAUACCUCAACACUAGCUGGGACAGUAGAAGACAAUAGCUUAUAUACCUGUUUUCUACUUCGUAAUAUCGUAUUACCGAUCGAGGUUGAGAAAAUGCUUAAAAAAACCGCUUUGGAAGUUCAAAAGGCCACUGACAUAAAUGAAUAA